ACAAUUUCAAAACUUUGCUAAGGCGACUCUUAAAAAGUUCAAGCACUAAUUUUUACAUGCGUGUCACCCCAUGUAUAUUCCCAUGCCAAGACCCUCAGUAACUACAUAACCGUUACAACCCUCAAACCCCAUCUUCCCUCCUUCGCAAAAACAGUUACACUUAUUUCUUUCUGCGCUCAUUUAAGACAUCUUUUCUCAAACAUCACCCCAUCAAAACACACAAUGUUCCGCAUAAACAACACCCUGGUCGGAAUCCUCCACACACUCCCCUUACUCCUAAGUAUCGCCGCCAUGGGCGACUCCGCCUACAUCCGCGUCCACGGCGACUGCCAGAAGGUGCUCCAGUACCCGCUCCUCUUCGGCGGCCUCUUCAUAUUCGUCAUCUCCACCCUCGGCCUCGUCGGCGUGCUGUGCCGCGUCAACGCCGCCCUCUACCUCUACCUCCUCGCAACGUUCUUCGUCAUCCUCGCCUUCUCGUCGUUCACCAUUGUAGCGCUCUUCGUCACCAGAAACAACGCGCCGGAUCGGGCGGGGCCGUCGGUGGGGUAUGGAGUAGGGGAUUUCUCGCCCUGGCUGCAGCACUACGUCACCGACCAGCGAAACUGGGACGUGGCCCAGAGUUGCUUGGUGCAGAAGCGCGUGUGUCACGGCCUCGCCGUGGACGCUAACAAUAAUGACUCUCUCGCUUUCAAACGGUUAACUACCACGCAGAUUGGGUGCUGUAAGCCACCGUUGCGAUGUGGAUUCACAAAGAAGAACGCUACGUUCUGGGAAGCGCCAAAAGCGGGUCCAUUAGCGAAUGACACUGAUUGCAGGACAUGGAGCAACAGACAAGACAAACUGUGUUUCAACUGCGAUUCGUGCAAAGGAGGAGUGCUGGCCAACAUCAGAAGCCAGUGGAGACAUCUCACCAUAUUCAAUACAUGCGUGCUCGUGCUCGUCACCACCAUCUAUGUCUUGGGCUGCUACGCCAUCAGGAACAAUCGGUUGGAGUACUCCAACUACACCACCCAGAGAAAGAUCAGAAUGAGAAUACCCUCCACAGUAAUUUGACCAUUGAAGCCAUACAUGCGCUUUCUCAUUUGUGUGCAUGUUACUAUAUACUAUACUAUUACUAGCGAAGACGUCUCUAAUGCAGUAGUACGUAUUUUAUCUUAUUUUAUUUUCUCUU